AUGAAAAUUGCCAUUGAAGGAUGUGCUCAUGGGGAGCUCCAGCAUAUCUACAAUACAAUAAACUUGAUUGAAAAACGUGACAACAUAAAAGUAGAUUUGCUAAUAUGCUGUGGCGAUUUUCAAGCAACACGAAAUAAUGAAGAUCUUUUAACGAUGGCAGUUCCAAUUAAAUAUAGACAGAUGUGCACUUUUUACAAAUAUUAUACUGGAGAGUUAGUGGCACCGAUUUUAACUAUAUUUAUUGGUGGAAACCACGAAGCUUCCAAUCACUUACAAGAGUUAAGCUAUGGUGGUUGGGCAGCACCCAAUAUAUACUAUAUAGGUUUGGCUGGUGUAAUUAAUGUUGGUGGUAUUCGAAUUGGAGGAUUAUCUGGUAUUUACAAAUCUAAUGAUUAUAUGCGAGGUAGAUUUGAAAAACAACCAUACACUGAACAAACAAAAAGAAGUAUAUAUCAUAUUCGACAAUUGGAAGUAUUUCGAUUGAAACAACUGCAACAACCAAUUGACAUAAUGUUAUCACACGAUUGGCCUCAAGGAAUAGAAAAUCAUGGCAAUGUUAAACAAUUACUUAAAUACAAACCUUUUUUUGAAACAGAUAUUAAUGAAGGCAAAUUGGGUAGUAAACCUGCAAGAGAAUUAUUGGAUGCAUUAAAACCAAAAUACUGGUUUGCCGCUCAUCUUCAUUGUAAAUUUGCUGCCAUAGUACACCAUACAUCAGACGAUAAUGAAGAAAUGGAGAAAAGAUCUACUAAAUUCUUGUCGCUUGACAAGUGUUUGCCAAAAAAAAGAUUCUUACAGAUUUUAGAUGUUCCUCAUGAUGAUUCUAAAUCAAUUAAUUUAAUGUAUGAUCUGGAAUGGCUUUCAAUUUUGCAUCUUACGAAUCAUUUGUUAAAUAUUAACAGUAACAUGUAUUAUUUACCAGGACCUUCUGCUUCAGAAAGGUAUAAUUUUACACCAACUGAAGAGGAAAAGACAGCUGUUCUUAACAUGUUCUCUCAUGACUUGAGCAUUCCAAACAAUUUUGUUACUCUUGAAAAUUAUAAAUCUAAAACAAAUCCCCAGACAACUACUUUUUGUGAAAAACUAUGUAUAGACGACCCUCUUGCUUUAUUAUUAGGGCAGUGGUCUCUUUCUAACUUAACUGAAAACGAACCUGAAAUGGAUUCUACAUUUUCAUCAUUUGUAAACUCUACUGUGUGUUCAAUUAAUGAAGACGAAUUAAUAGAUAAGACUUCAGAAAAAUUACCAAUGUCUCCAUUUGUGCUACCCGAACCAAAAAAUGAUAGCACAUGUUCAAAUAUUAAUGAAAAUUCAUUUUUGAAUAAUUGCUCAAGCAUAAUAAUGCCAAAUACAUCUACAGAAGAAUCCUGCGAAGAUGUUCACCAAUCACAAGAUGCCGUUGUAAAUAAUGUUAUAAAUAUUGAAGAAAAUAAUACAAUCACUAAAACAAAAUGUUUAAAAAGAAGAAAUUAUCAACAAACUUAUGAAAAUGACUGUGAAUAG